CUUAUAUUAUUAUUAAAACGAAGAUAAGCACAUGGGUGGGAACUUUUUUGGUCUGGCAAAAGCUUUAGUGCCUAAAAUCUGCCAAGAUUCAGAUCAAAGUUAAUUUACUUGCCAAAAAAAAGAUUGUGCUUUUCAUGUGAGGAAGUAGAAACUAAGGCAACAGGUUCAUUAUUCUAAUUUUCCUUUGUAGAUCAUGUGUGGAGAGUUGCUGAGCCGAAGCUAGAGUUGUAGUUACCGAUUUGAAUAAUUCGAUAACCGUCUUUUUUAGAAUUCAGAAUCGAUAAACUCAACAUUUUAGAUCCGAUAUCCAUAUUUGUAGAAUUUUGUUUUCUCUCUUUUUCUUUUUGUUCUUUUUGAGUUUGUGUAAAAAUAUAUGGCUGGCAUGCUUCCUGGUGUUGAACAUGCUAGGAGAAGGAGGUUUCAUCAAAGGAGUGGCAAUAAUUGGUUGAAUUCGUCUAGUUUUUGCCUCUACACAAGCAACUAUGAUCAAUUCCAUCUAAGCUCAAGUUCAUCCAAGCAAAGAAGUGCAGCAAGCCAUGCAUAUCAAGAUGAGAAAUUAAUUGAAAUUUCCAGAAAAGCCAAGCAAAGAUUGGAUAAAAAGCUUAGUGGACAAUGGAAUUUAGAAAGCAAAUGGAGUACCAAUAAUAGACAAAAAGGGCAAGGAUUUGUGUGCAAAGAAGUGUUUGGAUUAAAGAAAAGUGUGUCAAAGAGGUUCAUCAAUUGGGCAAAGAUGGGAUGGAAAUCUUCAGAACAAGAUGAAUGCAUCAUUUGCUUGGACCAAUUUAGAAUAAUGGACAAUUUAAUGCAAUUGCCUUGUGCCCAUAGGUUUCAUUCCAAGUGUUUAGAGCCAUGGCUUGAGUCUAAUGCAAAUUGUCCUGCUUGUAGAAUGAAAAUCUAGAUCACUUCGUUAAUUUUUUUGUAUCUUAACCAAUUUUAUCGGAUGACUCGAAGGACCCUUAACUACUUCGUAUGACGUCCUUCUAAGUGCACAAGACUUUCUGAAUAUAUAAUAUGAAAAGCUUUUCUUGCAGCAUUUGAGAUAUCUUGUGUGCAUAAAUAUGUUGAUUUAAUCAAGAUUUACAAAUUGAUCAUUUUCUAGUCCA